CAUUCCUCAGUCAGGCCUUGUCCCUCUGGAGCCUGGUCGCUGCUGGGAUGGGCCCUUGGUGGGCUCUGUGGCUGACUCUCACCCUUCCCCAAAUCCUGGAGGGCCAAAUUCCAAGCAAGCUUCAAGGCUUUCCCGAGCUGACUAGCUUCCACAAUGACCAGUUUCAGGGGGAAUGGUUUGUCCUCGGUCUGGCGGGCAACACCUACAAGAGAGAGCACCGGACCCUGCUCAGCCCCUACAUCACAUUGUUCGAGCUGAAAAACAACAGCCAUUUUCAGGUGACCAAUACCAUGACUCGGGGCAAGCUCUGUGACAUUUGGUCCUAUGCUCUGAUCCCAACAACCAAGCCUGGGCAGUUCACCGUGGAGAACAAAGGUGAGCGGACUGGAGCAGACAGAGAAGACAUACAGGUCAUCGAGACAGACUACACCAACUUCGCCCUGGUGCUGUCCCUCAGACAAACAAGCAGCCUGACCAUCAUCAGGGUCAGCCUUCUGGGUAGAAAAUGGAGGCUUCCUCAUGGGCCAAUAGACAGAUUUGUCUGCCUGACCAGAACCCAGAACCUCACAAAGAAUAACUUCAUCUUCCCGGAUGUGACCGUCCACGGCAGCAGGCCGCUGCGUGCCCCCACCCUCAUCUAA